AUGGAACCCACCACGCCAACCACUCAGGCCCGUGCGGCGGCCACCAAGCUGUCGGAAGCGGUGGGAGCCGCGCUACAAGAGCCCCAGAGGCAGCGGCGCCUGGUGCUGGUCAUCGUGUGCGUUGCACUGUUACUGGACAACAUGUUGUACAUGGUCAUCGUGCCCAUUGUUCCCGACUAUAUCGCCCACAUGCGAGGGGGAAGCGAGAGCCCUACGCUGGUCUCUGAGGUGUUGGAACCCACCCUGCCGCCACCCACUCAGGCUAAUGCCAGCGCCUACUUGACCAACACCUCAGCGUCCCCGACGGUUGCCGGGUCUGGUCGGUCAAUCCUGCGGCCUCGCUACCCCACAGAAAGUGAAGAUGUGAAGAUAGGGGUGUUGUUUGCCUCUAAGGCCAUCCUGCAGCUUCUGGUGAACCCCUUGAGCGGGCCUUUCAUUGAUCGCAUGAGCUACGACGUGCCGCUGCUUAUUGGCCUGGGCGUCAUGUUCGCCUCUACGGUCAUGUUUGCCUUUGCAGAGGACUAUGCCACUCUCUUCGCUGCGCGCAGUCUACAAGGCCUGGGCUCAGCCUUCGCGGACACGUCUGGCAUCGCCAUGAUCGCCGACAAGUAUCCAGAGGAGCCUGAGCGCAGUCGUGCCCUGGGCGUGGCACUGGCCUUUAUCAGCUUUGGAAGUCUGGUGGCGCCACCCUUUGGGGGCAUCCUCUACGAGUUCGCCGGCAAACGUGUGCCCUUUCUAGUGCUCGCGGCCGUUUCGCUCUUCGACGCGCUGCUACUGCUGGCGGUUGCUAAGCCCUUCUCGGCGGCGGCUCGGGCGCGGGCCAACCUGCCUGUGGGCACACCUAUCCAUCGCCUCAUGCUGGACCCUUACAUCGCUGUGGUAGCCGGCGCGCUCACGACCUGUAACAUUCCCCUUGCGUUCCUCGAGCCCACCAUAGCCACGUGGAUGAAGCACACAAUGGCGGCAUCCGAGUGGGAGAUGGGCAUGGCUUGGCUGCCGGCUUUCGUGCCGCACGUGUUGGGCGUCUAUCUUACUGUGCGCCUUGCCGCGCGCUAUCCACACCUGCAGUGGCUGUAUGGCGCUCUCGGACUGGCGGUGAUUGGAGUGAGCUCGUGCGUCGUGCCUGCCUGCCGCUCUUUCGCGCCGCUAGUGGUCUCGCUCUGCGGCCUCUGCUUCGGCAUCGCGUUAGUGGACACGGCGCUGCUACCCACGCUAGCCUUCCUAGUGGACGUGCGCCACGUAUCAGUCUAUGGCAGCGUCUAUGCUAUAGCUGACAUCUCCUACUCUGUGGCCUACGCGCUAGGGCCCAUAGUGGCAGGCCAUAUCGUCCACUCCCUUGGCUUUGAGCAGCUCAGCCUUGGCAUGGGCCUGGCCAACCUGCUCUACGCACCGGUCCUACUGCUUUUACGUAACGUGGGUCUCCUUACACGCUCGCGUUCCGAGCGCGAUGUGCUGCUUGAUGAACCCCCGCAGGGUCUGUACGAUGCGGUGCGCCUGCGUGAGCGUUCGGUGCAGGGCACCGACGGCGGUGAACCUUGCAGCCCGCCUGGCCCUUUUGAUGGUUGUGAGGACGACUACAGCUACUAUACCCGCAGCUAG